AACGUGCCAAGUGCGAGAGAAAUCGCAGGUAGUAAAUAGCUGUCUUAUCAACUAUAGUCAUUAAGCUGAUUAUCAAAAAGGGUCGGUGAACUGAAAAGGAUGGGGAACAUCAACUUUUUUAUCGACCUGAUUCUAUUAUGUGCCGCCAGCGAUGCAAGUGCAUUGAUCGUAAAAAAUGCAACUGAUUUACCCACAAGAGUCAACAUUACCGUCAGCAACAACGUUGAAGACCAGGUGUCGGCAUCCAUAGCAAAAUCAAGGCGAAAGCGUUACAUUUCACAAAGCGACAUGAUAGCCAUCCUGGACUAUCACAAUAAGGUGCGAGCCAGUGUCUUUCCACCUGCUGCCAACAUGGAAUACAUGGUGUGGGAUGACAAUCUGGCAAGGUCAGCAGAGGCCUGGGCUGCCACCUGUAUCUGGGACCACGGGCCACCAUACCUGCUUCGAUACCUGGGCCAAAAUCUCUCCGUCCGAACUGGCAACUACCGGUCCAUCCUCCAGUUGGUUAAGCCCUGGUAUGACGAGGUGAGGGAUUACGUAUUCCCAUACCCCCGUGACUGUAACCCCAGGUGCCCUAUGCGCUGUUACGGACCUAUGUGUACACAUUACACACAAAUGGUCUGGGCCACUUCAAACAGAGUCGGGUGUGCGGUUCAGUUGUGCUACAACAUGGUGGUGUGGGGAACGGUAUGGAGGCAGGCAACAUACCUGGUCUGCAAUUACUCUCCAAAGGGUAACUGGAUAGGAGAGGCACCAUACCAGGUUGGGGUGCCAUGCUCCACGUGCCCACCAAUCUACGGAGCCUCCUGCAGCAAUAACAUGUGUCUCCCUGCCCUUAACUCCAACUUCAUGUACUGGUUUAAGUAAGCUAUUUGUUUUCAGUGUUGUCUGAUAACAGUUUUGUCUUGGUAAAUGAUAAUAUGUGAUGUCAUCUGAUAUACAGAAAGGUGUGGUUUUUGUUUGUUUGUUGCAUUUUUUCAUAUGAUCUUGUAUGAGCUAUACUUAAAUUACUAGAAAUGGUGCUAAUGUUAAGUAUUCUUUGUAGGGCUCUUAUACUGUGGAUCAUCAUAUUGAUGCUCUUAAAUGUGGUUAGCCAGAGUUUUGUACUGAUACACAGUUAAGGCCUGUAAUAAUCUUAUAUUGUUCCCUACUUAAUGUACAUUUAUGGUUUGACUAUGCCUUUCUUUAUUGGUUGAUAAAAACUAAUCACUGUUAUAACUGUCAGGGUGCUAAGAGAUAACUCAUGCUAUAUGUUGGUCAAAGCUAAGCAUUUUUUACACUCACCAGCUACUUUAUUAGACACACUUACCUUGCUCUGAUAUUGAGUGUGCACCACAUUUGGUACACUGUUCUUAUAGGUGCAUUUUAUUGGUAUACAAGUACAGACAUAUCUGUUGGCACAGCCAGCCUCUACCUAUUUAUCACAGUGGUUUUCUUGCCACAGGACUACUGCUGACUGGGUAUUCUUUAGGUGGGAGACCGUUCUGAACACAGUGGGGAGGUCUUGCUGACAUGCCUGUAUCAGGCACAGAUGUUUUUCAAUGUGUCAAUAUCAUUAUAUGUGUCAUAGUCAGAAACUGACUAUUGAUGAAAAGCUACAGGAUAACUAACAAAUUGUGUUUGGAAGCAGAUGUGCUGUCAUCACUAG